GAGCCUCCUUUCGCCAUCUAACAGAGGCAUCAAUCUCAGGGCCCCAUUCAAUCUCAUCUUCAUCUGACUAAUCGUCGAACGAGUAAUGUCCACAUCCGCCGCCGCCCCGACUUCUAGUCCCAAUGUCGGCCCCGAGGACAAUCAGACUGCUGAACUUCUCGCACGUUUCAGAGAAGAAUGGAAACAGGAGGUCAGGCAGCGCAAGGAGCAGGUAGAGAACACGGAGAACGCGCCCCCACCACAGGCCUCGUCUUCCAAAGCCCCGGAAACAGAUGACUCUGCACGACCACAGCCUACCUCCCCAGAGCCCAAACGGGCAUACAUACGCCCUGGACAGCCUUCUGCCACCCACUCGGCAGCCUACACGUCGCAAAGCGCAUCGCACCUGACAUCCGCCCAGAUUCGCGCCAUCGAAGUCUAUCGCAAUGCCGUGCGGCACGAGCAGCAGAGUAACCUCGACGAGGCACUCCGGCUUUAUCGGAAUGCGUUCCGCCUCGACUCCAACGUCGAUAAGCUCUUUCACCGGGAGCAGCAGCGUCUGCAGGCUCUCGCUAACGGCGCCACUCCCUCCUCCGCCACCCGCCCGACGCACAAGAAGGCUACUUCGAGCACAGGCAAUGCCGCAGCCGCCGACGCUAAAGACAUCGCCGCUGCCGUCGAAGCGCUCGCCAUCACUGAGCCGGGCGUGAACGCAGCAGCACUGGACGGAAUCCACGCGAGCGGCGCCCUGGCGGAGCUCGUCUCGACUUUCCCUGCUGAGCUUCUCUUCGAGCCCGAGGACGAGCGCGAAGGCGUACCAAUCGGCCUUCUCCCCAACGAGCUGCUUUUGCACAUCCUCCGCACGCUCGACCACACCACCAUCGAGCGUUUCGCGUCUGUGAACCGCAAGGCGCGGGUGCUUGCCCUCGACCCGUCAAUAUGGAGAGAAUUCGUGCAGGCGAUUUACAAGCCGCCACAGAUAUCCGACUCGGAGACGCUGCUGCAGAGGGUAGCGCACUUUCGGGCCGACUAUCGGCGGGUUUACAUGGAGCAGCCCAGGGUGCGGAUGGACGGCGUGUACAUCGCCGUGUGCCACUAUGUGCGGCGCGGAUUGAGCGAGCAACCUUGGGUGAAUAUUGAUCACCUCAUCACUUAUCACCGUUAUCUGCGGUUUUUCCCGGACGGUACUGUGCUCUCGCUCCUGGCAAAUGAGGAGAUGCAGCCCGCGACGGUUAUUCCGAUGCUCAAGCCCGCUCUCAGGAUGAAGGGCUUCUGCAUCGGUGAAUGGACCCUCGACGGCACGACCGUCUUCAUCUCGAACCUCGUCGAGAUGAAAGACCGCGCGCCGCUCGCCAACACCACCAACACCACCCCUUCUUAUCACCACCACCACCACCAGCCGCCUCCGCAGGAACCGUCCAAGUACCAGUUCCAGAUGGAGCUCGAGCUGCGCUCGCGCCCGCUGGGGCGGUGGAACCGGCUGGAUCUGGUCGCGUACGAUACGGUGCAGGUCGCGACUGGCGAGGUGCUUGCGCUCCCGCUUAAGCAUGACCGGCCGUUUUGGUUCUCUAGGGUGCGGUCGUGGCCGGCGUGGUAGGUCCGCCGAUGCUGUGGUGCGUAGUGGAACGUGUUGCUGCGGUGGGCUGUUGGUGUGAGGAUAAGCUGGUGCUGUGGUGUGUUGCACCUCUAGUGGGAACUUUAGGCGGGUUUCACUAGAUUAUUACACGAUGGGUUAGAGAGUGAUGAUUGAGUUUAGACGAAUGUUUUUACGGAGAUAAUUUUAGUGCUGCUUCCUGUGGG